AUGAACAAACAGCAGAGUGUGUCUGCUGUCACUGUCCCAGGUAAUGUCCAUGCCGUCCAGCCUACCUAUGCUGUGGCCUCUGGAAGCCAGGAGAAGCCUUUGGAAAUGACCACUUAUCCGGCACCAGCAACCAUGCUCCAGCACAAUACAGGGAGUGCAAAUUUACAGAACCCGCUCAUUGUGAUCCAGAGCCCAGAAAGAAUGACAGGCCUGCAGGCCCAGCCCGCUGUGCCCCAGUAUCCAGUGGGAAUGGCUGGUGUACAGGCUCCACCAGGAGUGAUCCAGUACUCACCAGAAAUAACAAGUGCCCAGGUCCUGCCUGGAGACCCUCAGAAUCCCCUGAACACUGUCCCGGGGCCAACACAGACCUCAAGCUAUCCCCAGUGGAACAUGUCCUUUAUGUCCUUUCCUGAAUUUAAUCCCAAGAAAUUCAUUAACGAAGAAGUCAGAACAUUAGGGGCCAUCCAGAUCCUCAUUGGCCUGUUUCAUAUUGCCUCUGCAGCCAACCCUCAACUAUACGGGACCGCUACUCUGCUGGGGCUCUCAGGGUACCUGGUCUGGGGAGGACUGUCUUUUAUCAUCUCUGGAUCCCUCUCAGUCUGCGCUGAAAAGUCUGCCAACAGUUGCAUGGUGAACGCCAGCAUCGGCAUGAAUGUUGUCAGCUCCAUCUUCUCCCUUCUUGGUAUCAUCAUUAUCAUUAUGGAUCUGUGUUUUUCCCACUCGCUAAAUGGUUUGCUGAUGAGUUGUUUGAAUGCGAUCUCUGGGGCUCUCCUCCCCUUCGUCCUCCUGGAAUUCAUCAUCACCUGUGUGGUCUCACAUUUUGGGUGCCAGGCUGUCUGCUGGGCCCAUUUUGAGAACAUAUCUGUGAUCUCACCUAUAUUCAGUAGCAACACAGUCAACACUACCAAUGGACCUGUCAAUACCACCAGCCCACACAGUGCCACCAACAUCCCAGUCCAGCUCAAUGUCCAGCCCACCAUCCCCAAUAAUGCUUUCCCUGAACACUCAUACAAAAGUGGAGCUGAUCUUGCCCAGAACUAG